CGAAGUCAUGGGAUUACGUGUCGGCGUGCAGUACGUACGUGAGUGAACUGCAUUUUCUGAUGACUGCAGAAGCCCCAUUGACGUGGAUGUAAAUUUAUUCAUUUAGACAUGAUUUAAGAACAAAAAAUACAAGGUUUUGCUACCAUAGUCUGUGCUGUUUUGAUUCUAAGGUGAAUAUUUCCACUUAAAUUAAGUCAAAUAAAUUAAAUAAGAAAUGAUGGAUGACGGUGACAGUGGAGCAACACAGGAACGUAAAUCAACAAUAAUAUGGAGAAAUCUACAACAGCGAUACCAAAAGCUUCUGGAUGACUCCGUGCCUCAUACCAUAGGACGAUGGGUAUUUGCAUUUUUAUUGCUGUGUUUCUUCCUUGGAAGAGUGUUAAUAAUGCAGGGUUGGUAUAUUGUAACAUAUGCUUUGGGAAUUUAUUAUCUAAAUCUGUUUGUUGGCUUCAUCACACCAAGAAUAGACCCAGCUUUGGAAUUUGACGAUGAUGCUGGUCCUGAAUUACCCACAAGAGCCAAUGAAGAGUUCCGCCCGUUUAUUCGGCGCCUUCCAGAAUUCAAGUUUUGGUACUCGGUUGCCAAAUCUACACUAAUUGCACUCAUUUGUUCAUUUUUUGAGGUUUUCAAUGUUCCUGUUUUCUGGCCAAUUUUAGUGAUGUACUUCUUCACAUUGUUUGGCAUCACUAUGAAACGACAAAUUAAGCAUAUGAUCAAGUACCGAUAUAUACCGUUCACACAUGGAAAACCAAAAUAUCAAGGUCAUGAAGAACCAGGAAAGGUGCCUGUGGCCUCCACUCAGAGACCUCCGGAAGAGGUGGAGAAAGUACCUAUACCAGGCAGUGUGCCGUUGAUACCCAGUACUCAGGUUGUCUGACAUCAGAUAUGUAAGAGGUGAUUUAAUUAAUUUUGUUGAAAACUGUACAGAACACGAUUGCACUUUAUUGCAACGUUUAUUUUAAUUUAUCUUAUUCUGAGAAGACUGGUCGAUUGGUUGAGCAGAGUUAGAAUACUCAAAAUAUACUGAGAUAAUACACCAGAUUGAUGGUAAUUACUAUUGUUCUUUCAAAGUUAUGAAAUUGAUGAAUGUGAUAGAUAGCAUGUUUUUAUUUUGUGUUCACCUUUCAUUUCAUCAUAAGUAAUGAUGAAAAAGAGUAUUUUCGCAAGUGCAUGUAUAAAUAUCCAUUUCCCCCCUUUGAGAAUAUCAGUCUGGUGACUGAAAUCAAGUUCUUAAUACUAUACUGUAAAUACUAUAGCAAUUAAAUUAAAAGCAUACUGUUUUUAAAAUUGAUACACUUGUCAUCUUUGAAAGUUAAAGUAUGGGUUUUCUUUACCUUUGUCAAUGAAAGUAUUCUUCUGGCCCUAUGGGUCAGUUUGGAUAAAAUAAACAACUACUGACUGUU